CUUUUCUAAAUCCGACUUGUUUUAAGGUCUCAACUUUGAACACCGUCCCUGAAAAGUUUGAAAAUUUCACGUUCUUCUUUUCUUUUCAAACCAUGCACACACGCCUGUAUAUAUAUCUAUUACGGUUAUACCUAACAAACAAACCACAAAAACACUUCUUCUCUGUGUUUUUCUCUUCUGGGUUGGAUUGAUUGAAAUUCUUUCUUCUUUAUUUUGCUUUCUUUUCGUUCUUGUAAAAAUGGGAUUUGGAUGGAGAAAAAGAAAAACUGCCUUAAAUAGGCAAAGAAAAGGUGAUAUUGAUGCAGAGCUUGUGAUUCCGAACCAUUUUCGAUGCCCGAUAUCUCUUGAUCUCAUGAAGGAUCCUGUCACAUUGUCUUCUGGCAUAACUUAUGACCGCGAAAGCAUCGAGAAGUGGCUCGAAUCUGGCAACUUUACGUGCCCUGUAACGAAUCAGGUGCUGAGGAGUUAUGAUCAAAUUCCAAACCACACUCUUAGAUCAAUGAUUCAAGAAUGGUGCGUAGAGAAUCGAAAAUUCGGCGCUGAAAGAAUCCCAACACCGAGAGUUCCAGUGACCGGAAUUGAGGUGUCGGAGAUUCUCUUCGGUGUCGAGGAAUCCGUGAAACGUUUGGAUCGAUGUGGGUGCUUAGAUUUGGUGAAAAAGAUCAGAACUUUGGGGAGUGAAAGUGAAAGAAACAGAAGGUGCAUUGUGCAGAAUGGGACUGGUGGUGUAUUAGCAGCGGCAUUUGAUGAGUUUGCUAGAGAUUCAUGUGAGAGAAAUGAAAUUGCUUUGAAAGAGAUACUGUGUUGCUUGACUUGGAUGCUACCGUUUGACGCUGAGACCCAAGUUUACUUGGGAUCCAAGGAUUCACUAGGUUGUCUGGUUUGGUUUUUGAGGAAUGAAGAUUCCACUUCAGUGAAGCAGAACUCAAUUGUUGCCUUAAAGGAGCUUGCUUCUUGUGACCAAAAACAUGUGGAAGCACUAGCUGGGAUUGAAGGAGUAGUUGAAAUUCUUUUCAAGUUCAUUCAACGCCCAAUUAGUACAACAAUCAAAAAAUCUUCUCUUAUGUUAAGUUUCCAAUUAGUCUCAUUCAAUGAGAAGAUCAGAAAACUGUUUUCGCAGAUGGGUUUGGUGCCAAUACUCUUAGAAUCCAUGAUUGACACUGAAAGGAGUAUAUGUGAGCCAGCGUUGGGCGUUCUUGACAGGCUAUGUGAUUGUGAUGAAGGAAGAGAAGAAGCAUAUAAAAAUGCUCUGACAAUUCCAGUUCUGGUGAAGAAGAUAUUGGGCGUAUCGGAUUUGGCAUCGGAGUAUUCGAUUAGUAUUAUUUGGAAACUAAUCAAGUAUGAGCAGAGGAACAAUGGAGAUGGAUCAAUAGUCUUGGUUGAGGCACUUCAAGUUGGUGCAUUUCAGAAGGUUUUGUUGUUAUUACAGCUUGGUUGUGGAGAUGAAACAAAACAGAAGGUAGCAGAGGUUUUGAAAUCCAUGAAUCCUUACAGGACUACAUCUGAAUGCAUUGAAACUUCUGAUUUCAAGAACCUCAAGAGGUCAUUUUGAAAGAUCAUAAGGAUAUUGUAACAAAUUCCUUUCCUUUUUCAUUCAUUAUUUGUAUAUGAUAAGAGCAGUUUUGUAUGAACAAAUUCUUUCAUAAUAAAUAUAGUUUCUUCAAUUUAAUUGUU